AUGAGGCUGCACACUUGGGAGCGCACUCAUGUCCGGCUACAGGGUCCCGUUGUCCACAUGUACGACAUACUGGAGUGUCCGGCUGGGGACAGACGUCCGAUCGGGCCUUGCCCGCCCCUGGGUCUACUCUUCAUCUUUUCACGAAGACUUCCGCCACAAGUGGACACCAUACGAAUCCCGGUCCGACUCCAGGCUGGCCCUCCAGGCACCUCCAAAUCUACGAAGCGGCGCGGCGCCGCGCUAACCCUAACUCGCCGCGCCUGCACCUCUGAUAUGCAGCGUCUCACGAAGACCCGGCAGCCGACAGCCACCAAUGCCCCGCUGGCCUCCUCUUCUACCGCCGCCGGUGCCACUGUGCCUACUCUGUCAACGCUGAAUGCUACCAGCGACGUGACCAAUUCUAAGCCGGCAGCCCUGCCGGCUGCGUUCCUGCACUCCGCACACGCCACCGUGCAUAUUCCGGCCACGUUCAACGCUGUGAGCAACGCUGAUAGCUCUGACUCGACCGCCGCGUCGCAGUCGGCGUUCGUCGCCUCAAUGUCUCCUACGACCAAGCUCCACGCUGUCAGCGACGCCAAGAGUCUCGGACCGCUAAACGUGUCGCAGCCAGCAGCGUUCACCGUCGCCGCCGCGGAUGCCGCCGCGUCUAUUCCGGCCACAUCGGCGCCUGAUGUAAAGAGCUGCAAUCAGACAUCAGAAUCGCAGCUGACCGCGCUUGUUGCAGCCGCUUCCACCGGAUCCCCCACUUCUGCCGUGCUGGACAGUGCAAACUCUAUGCCCGCCGAUGUCAUUCCCAAUGUUCCGAGCCGUGUUUCUGUCGCCCCUACCUCCUUGACCACCGUGUAUCCGGCUGACGACUCGUCGGCGGAGAUAGAUUUCACGUCGUCCCCAGACAACGACCAUAAUACGCCAUCAUUGGAAAGCGACUGGAGCACCGCUCCAUCACCUCCAGGCUCCUACGCCGCUGCAGUGAAAGGGCCCUCGGUGCAAGCAUCCCUUUCUUCCACUACUAUACCCUCCCCAUCCCUGAUUGACGAGAACCGCUCCUUCGAUCUCCGGCUCACAAUGCUUGAGCGUCACCAGCGCGAACAACAGUGCAUCUCCCAAGAUUUACAACAGCAAAUCCACACAUUGACACAAACCCUAAAGCCAACCACCUCCUCUCUUACAUCCCAGCUUACCAAGCUAAAUGAGCACCUUGCCACGUUCAUCACCCCGUCCCCUAACGCCCAGGUCGCCCCAUUGGCUGACCUGGUAGAAACCACCACCAACGCACACCACACUCGCUUGCUUCAGCUCGAAACUUCGAUUGUCCAGAUCCUCACCACCCUCCAAACCCAAUCCAAGCAAUUGGAAUCAUUCGCUUCUAUGCUGGGCUCCCUCCAGGAGUCACUCCCCCCAGCCAAAAAGAAGGAACCCUACUCUGGCGAUCCUAACCCAGACCUCGACCGCCCUUUCACUCCCCGGGAGCUCGAAGCUGCCCUGGCUGCUAAUGCUUCUCGCUCGGCUCCCGGUGAGGACGCCAUCACAUACAAUACACUCCGCAACCUCCCCGACCACUCCAAGGAAUUCCUCCUUCAGACUUUCAACAAUGCCUGGGACAGCGGCUGCUUGCCGAGCACUUGGACAUCCUCCCUUACUUCUAUGAUUCCGAAGCCGGGCAAACCUCCCUCCCUUUCUAACCUUCGCCCUAUCUCCUUGACGUCGUGUGUUGGCAAGACCCUUGAGCGAAUGGCUUUGACUCGCCUUUCUGAUUUUAUUGAUGCGAGAGAGUUCUUCCCCCAUUCUCUUAUCGGGUUUCGACGGUGCGUCUGUGCACAGGACAUGUUCCUGAUCCUCCAGCACACCUUUCUCUCUCCCAAUCCCAGCCAGAUCCACGCUCUUGUGACUGUUGAUGUCCGCAAGGCCUUCGAUGGUGUGUGCCACGACCAUAUCCUGUCUCAACUCUCCUCCCUGGACUGCGGAAACCGCAUGUACUCUUAUCUCCGCUCCUUUCUCUCUAACCGAGUGGCUCGUUUCCAAGUGGACAAACAUCUGUCCGAUCCCCACACGCUCACCCGUGGCACUCCUCAAGGUGCUGUUCUCUCUCCUACCCUUUUUAAUCUAGCUAUGACCCCUCUCGCCUCCCAACUAGUCCAGAUUCCUGACCUCCACCACGUCUUUUCUGCCGACGACAUCACCCUCUGGUGCUCGUCUGGUUCUCCCGGUCACGUACAGGACACCCUGCAACGUGGCCUCGAUCUCAUCAACUCCUUUCUCUCCACUGCUGGCUUGUCACCUGCUCCGGAGAAAUCCGAGCUUCUCCUUCUUAACUACUCCUCAUACCAGCGCUCCCACAACGCCCUAAUCUCCCUCCACCUUUCCGGCUCUCCCAUUCCUAUUGUCCCCCAAUGCAAAGUUCUUGGCUUCCCGUUGCAUGCAGCCAAGAAUGUGCAAGCCCUACACCACGCUGUCAGGACUUGUCACUCGGUAACUCACCUCCUGCGGCGCGUGGUCACUCGGCGCUCGGGCCUCCACGAGGCUCAUGCGUGCCGAGUUGCCCAUGCGCUCGCCCUCAACAAGUUCCUGUACUUUGUGCCUUACGUUUCCUUCACCCACACUCAGCUUAACACCCUCGAGACCGCCCUUGUGGGCCUCUACAAGGCAGCUCUCAACCUCCCUAUCACCACCUCCACUGCUAAGCUCUUUGCCACAGGCCUCUUCCAUCCUCUUCGUUCUCUUCUCUCUCUCCCCCUCAUCCAUCACUCACUGUGCCGGAGGCUCGCCUUCUGCGGCACAUCCAAAUGA